UAAUAAAUUAUUAAUAUGUUAAUAAAAAAAUAUGUUAAUAAAUUAUUAAUAUGUUAAUAAAGUGACAGCUGUAAUAUUGUAACUAUGCACACAUAGUUCAAGCCAUUUUUGAAGCGUAAACCAUCAAGUUUCACCGAAAAUACUUUAAGAAUUCCAGACAUAUAGCCAUCCGUAUUUCCAAAAGUAAAUAAAACGUAUCAAAUAUGGUUCUACAUAAUAUGGUUAUCGAUAUUUGUCAUUAAAUAAUGUGAAAUCGCAUACAUUUGAUAUUUUCAUACAACAAAAACAAUCUUCCUUGUAGAUGACUUUAUUUCUUAUGUUUUUACCUAAGCAAGUGAUUAUUCCUCGUUAAGACGCACAACGUACCGCCAUAGCCAUACACAUAGGAAGAAACGAACGGAAGCGUACGUUGCAAGUAUUCUGUUAUGUUGUUCGCCCGUGAUUGUGUGGUGGGACGCUGAUUCAGUAUGACACAAGGCGGCAGAGAAUGUGAGACGCCCCCACGCAAAUAUUGCACGAUAAUAUCGCAAUAUCUGCCUUAUAUGAUGUUGAAAUUUUCAACUUGAAAAUAUGCGAUUUUCGAUUGUAAAAUAGUAAUAUAAUGUCAACUUCAUCGCUAUGGGUAAAAUAGAAUUUUCCACACGGUUCCUCGUAUUUGAACGGAAAAAUGGUCAAAAAUGUUUCCAAACUUCUAAACAAAACUUGUGCUAAUAUUUUGAGAUAAUUCCUAAUCGUUUACUGGUAAGAAGGAUUCAAUAAAUUUCUCUGAUUAUUAGAUGUAGUUCGAUCUAGCGAUAGUUUACUUCUUAUUGGGACACUUAGCAUUUCCUUUUAGGUUUACCAUAAACUGAGCUGUACAAUUUAUAAAUGAGAUUAUACUUUAUACGCGUUGUGUUUACGCUUUUGUAUACAAUGAGUGAGAGUCGGCCAAAAAUGGUGUGGGAGCUUUGCUAACAUACAACAGUAUGUACUUGACGUGGAGGAAUUUAAAAGUUGGCAGUAUAUUCGCGAAUGUGACAAUUUCCAGCCAAAAUCUACAGAAUUUCCUGAAAACGAAGCAACACUUCGAUGCGGUCAUUGUAGAAAUAUGCUCGAGCGAUUAUUUAAUCGGCUUUGGUCAGUAUUUCAAUGCUCCUGUCAUUGGACUUUCUCCGUAUGGUGCAACGAAAUGGACGAACGAUCUGGUUGGCAUACAAAAUUUCCCAUCCUAUGUACCAAACGUUCAUAGCCAGUUCACGGAUCGAAUGAACUUCUGGCAACGCAUGUACAACUCGGUAUCUUUCUGGUUUGAAGAAAUUGUUGCACAUUAUGACUACAUACCCGACCAGCAGAAAGUGAUGGAAACACUUUUUCCUGAAGCCAAAAAUUGGCCUUCACUUUUUGAACUCAGGAAAAACGUCUCUUUAGUGCUGUUAAACACUCACACAACUAUCGGAUCACCACGACCAUACGCACCGAAUAUUAUUGAAGUCGGUGGUAUGCAAAUUAAAAAGGAAGUCAACCCUCUACCACCGAAAAUCCAAAAAUUCUUGGACGAAGCAAAGGAUGGUGUGAUCUUUGUAUCAUUCGGUUCAUAUAUUUUACUGAGCAUGCUGCCAAAACCGCAGUUGGAUGCUAUUGUAGGUGCCCUUGGAUUGUACCCUAAUCAUCGUAUUUUGAUAAAGGACCAUGGAAACGUAAUCAUUCCUUCGCAUAAUAAAAAUGACGUUUUAAUCGAAUCGUGGGUUGAUCAACAAUCAAUACUGGCUCAUGAAAAUACAAAACUUUUUGUUACUCAUGGCGGUAUUUUGAGUACAACCGAGGCCAUUUAUUUCGGUAAGCCAAUGGUUGGCAUCUCAACUCUUUUUGAUCAGCAUCUAAAUAUGUUUUUGGCUGAACAACAUGGGUUUGCUAUCAAUGUUCCUAUUCAAUCGUUAACAGCAGGAAAUAUAGCGACAGCUUUUACAAAAGUACUUAGCGAUCCAAGCUACGCCGAACAAGCUAAGAUUACUUCAGAUAGAUUCCGCGACCAACCGCUGACUCCAUUGAAAACCGCAAUACACUGGGUCAAGCAUGUGGCUAAAAAUAAGGGUGCUCCACAUUUGAAGAGUGUUGCUGUAGAAUUGCCAUUCUAUAAAUUGUACAAUUUGGACGUUUGGGCAUUCAUUUUUAGUGUCUUAGCAUUGGUGAUAUACUGUGUGAUCAAAUUAAUUCGAACGAUUGUUUCGUUUUUCUUCAAAUUAUUUUCACAACCAAAGUUGAAGAAUGCUUAGGUGUUCCAUUUGGCAAACGAGUCAAUCAUUUGCUAUGUUAAGUUUUGUUAAUUACAAUAAAAAUAAAUCACAAAGU